AGAUUGCUCCCCACAAGGAAGUGCUGGAGCUCACCCGCACUGUCACUGCACAUCAGGUACGCUCAAUAUGUUUGAUUCUCGUGUCGUUUCCCACGAUAUUACUGUUCCAAAUAGCUGCUUCAACCCAAGGAAUCAUUAAAUGAUUGUGCUUUUCAGCAUGUGUCAAUACGUAUUAUGAUCACAACUCAUGUGGACACCACCCCGGUGUAUGCGAUAGUUUAAGUGCGUGAACAUUUAAUUCAAAAUCGACCUCAAAAGUACCACACGGUUGGGUAUGCCACAGUCAGAUGGAUUCGCCGGAGCCAAAGACAACGAAAACGGUGUCCAGAGAGGACGUGAGUAAAGAAAGCAUGGCGAACAGCCGCCAGGUCAUCGGAAUACAUUUCUGUGGGUCCACGCCUCUGAUGUGGCGUGCGGACGAGUUGAAAUCGGCCCGUGAACUGGGCAUCAUAGGGACCAUGGUGGGGUCUCUGGCCCGACAACCUAGGCAGAACACCCGGAUGGGGAGACCCCUUGAGCUGCUUCCGGAGGAGGGACGACUGCUGGCGGACAUGGGGAGAGCUGCAGUUAUUCCUGACUCAACAGUAAAUUAUGUUUCACUUGUUCAGUACUUUCACGUGUAGUGGUGAUGCUAUAAUAACUAAUUGGCAGCAAAUACUUUGACAUUACAAUUUUUACUGUAUAAAUAAAGCAAUUGGCGGUUGGGAUAGUAAAAGACAGAUCUAGCCACUUAGUGAGCAUAGUACAGCCUCUGUCAAAGUGUUUAGACAUUUAUGGCACAGGUGGUAGUGUCUAGCCAUGUAACUGGGUUGUGGGUUCAAGCCCUAAUAUGGCGUUUCCCCCUCAAGCCCUACACAUUCACAGUUUGGUUCAUUGAUCCUUACAGAAUGAGGAUCCCGAGGUGAACCCAGAGCAAGUGGAGCAGUACCAUGCAGGACUGGAGAACAGCUUUCAGGAACAGGGUGCCUUGGCCUUGGAGGACAGGAAGACGACAUUACGGAGAGUUAUGACUGAGAAACAUAACGGUGAGGGGGCCCCAUCACUCACAUACAGGUAUUUGUGCGAGACAUGGCCAUUCGCACGAGUGAAUCAAGUGUCCUGGCUCUGACGGCACUAUGUUUUCUCUUAGAGGGUUCUGGAAGGCAGGAGGACUCGGACGGUGCGGUUCGAGACCGUCUCGAAGCUCUGGACCACGGCUUCUCAUUCCCUCGCACGGCCAUGGCGGUACAACUGUGCACAGCCCGAGCAGGACUGUCUCACUGUCCCGAGGUGCACCGUUUCCUGGCCGCAGACUGGCCCAUACCACCGGACGAGAGGUCCGAGACCCGGUUCCGAGUGUUCAGGGACCUGAGACGCCAGGGCUUCUACCUCACCUCGGCCGGGAAGUUUGGGGGAGACUUCCUGGUGUACCCAGGUGAGCUCCGUACUUCAAUCACAUUAAUUUAUGGUUAUUUGAUACAAUUUGAUUGAGCUCAGCUCAGUGCAUGAUUCCAGUAGUUUGAAAGUGUCUUUUCUUUUCGAUCUUGCCGACUUUCAUUCUCUACAAAACAGAACCUAUGGUCAUGUGUCAGUCUUUCUGUUCAUCUCUGCUGUAUCCCCUUUCUCACAGGUGACCCCCUCCGUUUCCACGCCCACUUCAUUGCCGUGUGUGUCUCCAUGGACGAGUCGAUGCCCCUGUGUGACGUUCUGGCCAUCGCCAGGCUAGGGUCCAAUGUGAAGAAGACAGUCCUGCUGUGUUCGUCAGGGGAAAGCCAGGAAGAUGACGGGGGGGAGGUGGUGUAUACGUCACUACAGUGGAGUGGAAUGGUGUAG